GGUUACUGUCGGAGAAUUUUGGUGUAAAUUUACUUCCUUGGUUUGAUCCUAAUGUGUCGCCAUCAUGCUGCGAAUGUCUUUGAUUUUAUUGGUUUUACAACGGUGCACAGCUUAUGAGAACAUUGCCCUCCAAAAACCUGCAUGGCAACAGCAUCAAUAUAUACCAGGUGAUGACAGAUUUGAUGCAAGUAAUGCUGUUGAUGGACUCAAAACUGACUUUGGCCCCGGAGGAGGACAGUGUUCCCAAUCGGAUAAUCAUAAACAGACAGCCACUUGGAGAGUGGACCUAGAGGGCAUUCGCAGUUUUCGUCGUAUUACCAUUUAUUACAGGACAGACAAUGCUGCAUGGGGUCCGCAAAAUCAAUACUCUGGCAGAUUUGUAGGGUUUUCCCUAUAUGUAUCAAACACAAGCGACAUAUCACAUGGUCAUCUGUGUGUCCCUGACACAAACUACACCAGGGACACUAUACCCGCCGUCCUAAACGUCACGUGUCCAGUUCACGGACAAUACGUCAUCUACUACAACGAAAGACUACAAGGAAAGAUCUACCCUCCUGGUUAUAGUGGCGAGGCAUUUAACGAGCUCUGUGAAGUAGAGGUUUACGGUUGUCCUGUACCCGGUUACUAUGGACCUGACUGUUCCAUCCCUUGUCCUAAUACCUGUCGAUACUGUCACAUAGAGACUGGAGUCUGCCAAGGAUGUAAACCUGGAUACCAGGGACAUCAGUGUGAACUAUCUUGCAGUCAUCAGUACUAUGGAGAACUAUGUAAGGAGACCUGUGGUAACUGUAGUGACGGGGUGGCGUGUAACAAUGUGAACGGAACGUGUACAAACGGAUGUGACGUCGGUGUCUACGGAGACAAAUGCAAAAUGCCGUGUCCUAGUAGUCGACAUGGGAAGAACUGUUCUCGAACGUGUACUAAUUGUGACACGUGCGACAGAUUUACAGGACAUUGCACACCCCCCUGCUAUUCGGGCUGGAAGGGAACACAUUGUACUGAAAAAUGUGACGGACUAAAAUACGGGACUGGCUGUAAUAAAGACUGUGGAGCCUGCCUAGAUUAUACACAAUGUCACCACAUAAACGGAACAUGCUUUGAUGGAUGUGAUUCUGGAUAUGAAGGAGAACUCUGUAAAACUUACUGUUCUCGUGGGAUAUUUGGAAAGAAUUGCGAUCAAAUAUGUUCUGAGAAUUGUCACGAAGAUCCCACAAUAUGUAACGGAACAACGGGAGAGUGCAAGGGUGGAUGUCGCCCGGGCUGGGAAGGACUGCAAUGUAACAUGGAAUGCUCCAUGAAAACGUUUGGAGAAAACUGUAGCCAACCCUGUGGUAAUUGCAAGGACCUUGAGAAAUGUCAUCACGUCAAUGGAACCUGUAUCGAAGGCUGUGACAGAGGGUUUAGGGGGCUAUUAUGCAAUGAAGUCUGCGACUUUGGAUAUUUCGGUGCUAACUGUGAAGAGGAGUGUAGUGUAUUCUGUCAGAAAUCACGUGAUUGCCAUCAUGUGACAGGCUAUUGUAGUACAGGGUGUAAAACUGGAUGGCGGGGAAAUAAUUGCUUCGAAGUCGAUAACCCACUACAACAAACGAAUGCUGAGGGAAAUUGGGAAACCAAGUUUUAUGGAGUCCUGGGAGCCUUCUGUGCUACACUUGUCCUAAUUGGCGUGUAUGUUGUUUACAAUAUCAUGAAACGAAACAGAACAAAAUUAGACAAAAGUCAGAAAUAUCGUUCGAGUAACACUACCAAAUCUACUAAAGAAACAGAGUCACGGAUGGACGACGUUGAGAAAAUCAACAGUGGAUAUCAGGAGCUGGGAGGACUGAGUCCAUCUUCAACCUAUGACUCCAUUCAUUAGAAGAAACUAUAUUUCACACGCCAUGUAUACUAGUAUAUGAUCUUUUCAAGUUGUAUCGCAUGAUGUACAUGAUUUCAAUAUUCCAUUUCUGAUUAUGCCAUAUAUUUCAUGUAUCACCGUAUACUUUUCUACUUUUGUAUCAAUUUGAAAUACAGGACAUCUUUCUUAAAGUAAAACUAGCGGGUGCCCUAGAUCUUCAAAAUCCACACUGUUUUGCAGAUGUUUCUUAGUUAGAGAAAAUUAAGAAUAUUUCAGAGUAUAAUAAAGAAGACCCUUAC